AUGAGCCUCCCGAUCUUGGAGCUACCCACGGAGAUCAUCCAAUUGAUCUUGCAUCAUGCCUGUCUCUCACGUGGCCUGCAGCGAGGGCUACGCCUGAAGCUCGUAUGCAAGCUCUUCAAAGAUCUUAUCGGCGCCUCUAUCAUAGAGGGGCUUCUGUUGGCUCAAAAAGAGUAUGGGUUCUUGUAUUGGAGGCGGCUUCCAGAAUCGCUAAAGGGUAGACCUCCCUUGCUAUGCCAUUGGAGAGUGCAGGAGAAUUACGGGACAGAGAACCUAUGGCAUGCAUAUUGCGUCCAAAGAACCCGAGUUGAGACGGACCCGGGGGACCCUUUUACGCGCUUGAGACAGCUGGCGGAGGACUGGUGCAAGGAGACUGGAGCCGAUAUCGAAACUACUAUCUCAGAACUUUGCUGGUUGACUUUAUCCGAGUUUCAUGGCGGGAUCGCCUUCCCGUCAAUGGGCACGAGAACUGAGGCAUCUCAAGGACUACUUGUUCUUGCAGUCCAUUUCAACAACCAAUCUCUUGUCAAGACCCUUUUACAAAACCACAAGUGGCCCUUUAAGUAUCCUUUUGGCAAGACCGAUCUCUUGCCUUCUCCUUGGCAAGUUGCCGUUGAAGCUGGGAAUCUUGAGGUCGUUAAGCUAUUACUUGAGGCUAUGACCGAUGAAACAAUACUCCCUCCUCAUAUACAAAAUCGAGCCGAGUCACCUUUAACACGGGCAUUCACAGAACGUUGUGCUGUUCAUGCUGCAGCACAUGGCGGAAACAUCGACGUUGCCCAGGAAGUCUUGACCCAAUUACGUGACUGCACCUUCAUCGUCGCGCCAAUGGAAACGUUGAUUCCUGUGCGAUACACCUCUGAAGAACACAAGUACAAAUUUGCGACACAGAACUGGGAGGUUCACAAGUAUGUCUGCGACUGGGUUGACGCCGCUGUUUCCGACUAUCGCUUUGUGAUUCUUCAUUGCUGGCUGGGCAACGUGGAAAUGGUGCGGAAUCUUCUCGAUGCAGGAGCCGAGGUCGACGGUUCUGUCUGGGACAAGCAAGUUCCUCUGGCAGUGGCGGCCCGAGCUUGCCAUGUAGAGGUGGUUGAACUUCUCCUUGAACGGGGCGCGAACCCCAGCAGCAGCGAGUACAUGCUCGGCUACCCGUUGAUGGCAGCUGCAGCUGGCGGGAGCUUGGCUAUUGUGAGAAAGCUGCUGGAUCACGGGGCUAUUGCCGACCUCAGGGAAUGUUCGACCUUGAAAGCUUUCGGGACUGAUCCGUGCAAUAUUGAACCCAUUUUCAGAGCGUUGGCUACACUCAAGGACCCAUCCGGGCUACACAUGACAAGGUCACCUCGGGAUAGCCCCGCUUUGCACCAGCAGGCGAGCUUCUGA